AUGGGCGAUGGUAGUGGUAUGAAUGUGGAAAAAAAUUUUAAUCGGUUAGACGAAGUGCAUAUUGCCGCACAUUUGAUUCAUAAGCCCGCACGUGUUCUGACACUGCAUGGCACACCUGUUAAUGUUUUCAUGCAUUUUGAGUAUGACAAUCUGCUGAUAAGCGCAUUUGUUGAACGAUGGCGACCCGAGAUGCACAUGUUUCAUCUCUUGUGGGGUGAGUGUACUAUAACACUAGAGGAUGUGGCUAUGCAGUUAGGGUUACCCAUUGAUGGCGAGCCUAUACCGCUUGAUGCAGCGGAUGAUGCCAUGAUCCAGUAUGCCCGUUGUUACAUUUUAUAUUUGUUGGGCGGCAUGUUACUACCGGACAAGGCCAACAACACAGUCCAUGUUUAUUAUCUACCUUUGCUUGCCGAUUUUGAUGCCAUCAGCACUUAUAGUUGGGGGAGCGCAUGUCUUUGUUGGCUAUAUCCAGCCAUGUGCUUGGCAACAGAUUACACUGUCGAAGGUAUGGCUGGUUGUCAUACAUUGUUAAUGUCGUGGAUUUAUUACAGGCUAUCGUUCUGGGCACCAGAUGUUACGACCCCGCAUACCUUUCCGUUAGCUACAAGGUGGGCAGGAAAGAAGGGACACAAUGACUAUGCUGAGCAACGCCUUCUCAGGCACCAUAUAAGGUUGGACAAUCUGCAAGUGGAUGAGGUACGGUUUAUGGUCUUUUGA